UAGAUUAAAAUAAAAACCGGCAAACAAGGUCACAGUUGCAGUAGUUCUCGACCUCUCUAGAUAAACUUAAAAACGCAAUGGCACCUGCUUACAAAUUCACCUAUUUUGACACCAGAGGUGUCGCCGAAGCCGCUCGAUUUUUAUUCAAAUACGGAAACAUAGACUUUGAAGAAAUCAGAAUCAAGAAAGAAGACUGGCCUCCAAUAAAAAACAAUUAUCCUUUCGGGCACUUGCCCGUUUUAGAACACAAUGGUAAAAUAAUCGGGCAGAGUAUUUCUAUUUGUAGAUAUCUAGGCAAAGUUGUGAAUUUGGCAGGUAACGAUGACUGGGAGAAUUUGGAGAUCGACGCGAUUGUGGACACCAUCAAUGACAUGCGUUUAAAAGGAACACUGCCUCAGACGGAACAAGAUCCAGAGAAAAGGCAAAAGCUGAAAGAUAUAACUUUGAAAGAAACUGUCCCUUACUAUUUUUCAAGGCUGGAUGCAAUUGUAAAAAAAAAUAACGGAUAUUUGGCACUUGGUCGCUUGACUUGGGCUGAUUUGUAUUUAAUUAGUUUCUCGACAAAUUUUGAUCAGUUUGUUGGUGGAGAUACUUACGAAAAGUACCCAAAUCUUCAAGCCUUGAGGAAAAAAGUGGAAGCACUGCCUGCUAUAAAGAAGUGGAUUGAAGAGCGACCAUAUUGUUUUCGAACGUUCAAGGCGAAAACUUUUGUAUUUCCUGAAUGGCACCUGCCUACAAACUUACUUAAUUUGACGCCAGGUGGGAUAGAAUUUGAAGAUGUGAGGGUCAAGGCAGAGGAGUGGUGGACCCAAUGGAAAGAAAUUGACUUGAUUGGUUUGUUGGUGAAAUUAAUCACUACAUUUGUUUACAAUUAUUAUGCACAUUUGACUAGAUCAUUCCACAUCACUACUUUCUCUACCGAUAUGGCUCCUACAUACAAAUUAACAUAUUUCGACUUUUGUGGUCUUGGUGAACCGUGCCGUUUUAUCCUCAGCUACGGAAGAAUCGAAUUUGAAGAUUUUCGCAUUAAAUGGGAAGAUUGGCCACAGUGGAGAGAGAGAACCCCUUUUGGUCUUCUUCCACUGUUAGAACACAACGGCAAACAAGUCAAUCAAAGCAAAGCCAUCGCCCGAUAUUUAGCCAAGAAAGUCAAACUUGUGGGAGAUGAUGACUGGGAAAAUUUGGAAAUUGAUGCCAUCGUUGACACCCUAGACGAUUUACGACAGAAGGUCGUGACGAUUUUCUUUGAACAAGAUGAAACAAAGAAGGAAGUUCUUCGUCAAACUGUAAUUAAGGAACAUUGUCCUUACUACUAUUCUCGUCUAGAGAAAGUGGUUCAGAAGAAUGGUGGUCAUUUGGCUUUAAAUCGGUUAACAUGGGCUGACUUAUAUUUCGCUGCAAUUUCUCCGUUAUUUGAUGCGUUGAGUGGAAAUAACAAUCUCAGCGAUUAUCCGAAUUUGACGGUUUUGAAGGAGAGAGUCAAUGCAAUUCCGGCUAUCAAAAAGUGGAUUGAAACUCGUCCCAAGAGUGAUUUCUGAAGUGCUAUGUGUUAAAUUUUGUCAACGA